AUGAGAUCCAGGAUGAGAUUGGCACUGCUGUUUCUGGCAGCGGCUGUUUGUGUGGCCAGCGCUCAGACCAACAACAGCAGCAACGACAACAGGCAGCAGCAGCAACAGCGCAGCUUCUGGGAUGAGCCCAUCAGGUUCAGCACCAAGACCAAGGACUCCUGCACCAUGGUGGUGUCCGGAGCCGGGGACUAUACUCGCCUGCGUGUCUCCUGCAAAGGUCCGAGCCAGGGCCAGACCCCCGGACGCUCCUACUACUGCGACUUCCAGGGCAAACCCAACUUGUGCCGUGCCUACAACCUGAACCGCCACUACUUCACCCAGGUGAUGUGGGACAUGAGGAAGCUGAGCCACGCCUGCCAGGGACCCAAAGUCUACCGCCCAGCCAUGUGCAAGAAGUACCCAGAGGAGGCCCAGAUUACCUUCCUGGCCUCCUGGCCCAAGACCACCGUCACAAAGCCCUCCAAGCCUGUUCAGGAGCCACGUAAACCAGCGGUGCCAGCCCAGAACAAGCCCGUCGCUACGCCCAAACCUGUCAAGCCCCAGCAGCAGCCUGUCAAGCCCCAGCAGCAGCCUGCCAAGCCCCAGCCAGGCAAGGGCCCCCAGACCAAGAAAACCACCCCCAAGCCUGGGAAGACCACUACUCGUCCCACAGAGCAGCCCGACUCCAAAUCCUCCCGCAUCGCCAACGAGUACUGCUGGAAGAGCUUCCACGGCGUCUGCAGCUACUUCAUCAGCUGGUUCCAAAACUGA